ACUUACCCCACUGCUUCAAAUCUCUUAUUUUAGUGAAAUAAUAUUAUCACUAAGCCACAAUUAGGGCCUGCUUCUUAUGAUGCAAAGUCCAGGAUGUUCUUCACUUGCGUUUGGAGAAGCAGAGGAGUUGGGACCCUUUUUCCCGCAGAAAGACGUUCCCCAUCUGAAACUUAACCCUUACAGUUGGAACAAUGCUGCCAAUUUACUGUUUAUUGAAUCCCCUGUUGGUGUUGGGUUUUCUUACACCAAUACCAACAGUGAUACGAGCCAACUUGGUGAUGCAAUUACAGCCCAAGAUUCAUAUGCUUUUCUUGUCAACUGGUUCCAAAGAUUCCCACAGUACAAGUCCCAUGACUUCUACAUUUCCGGUGAAAGCUAUGCAGGGCAUUAUCUUCCAGAGCUAGCCGAGGUCAUUUCAGAUAACAACAAGAUAGUUCCCAAAGCAGACUACAUAAAUCUAAAGGGCUUCAUCAUGGGGAAUUCGUUGAUGGACGAUGAAACAGACCAGAUAGGCAUGAUCGAUUAUGCUUGGGAUCAUGCUGUCAUCUCCGAUCGUGUCUACCAGGAAAUUAAGACCAAUUGCAACUUCAGUAUGGAAAAUCUAACUGACAGUUGCAAUAACGCCUUAUCAGAGUAUUAUAAAGUUUACACCAUCAUAGAUAUGUACAGCUUGUACACUCCCACUUGUGUUAAUAGCAACGGCAGCACUAUUGGACAACGUCGAGGCAUUGCCCCUAAAAAGCUUUCCAAAUUCGAUGGAUGGUACAGGAAAUAUUAUGGGUACGACCCUUGUGCACAAGAGUACGUUACAGUUUACUUCAACAAGCCUGAUGUUCAGAAAGCACUUCAUGCCAAUGUUACCAAAAUCCCCUAUCCAUGGGCUAAUUGCAGUGGAGAUACUGAUGGAAGAAUUCCCGUAACCGCAACAAGAUACACUUUGAGAAAGCUUGGACUUAGUACAAUUAAAGAAUGGACACCGUGGUACUCCCAUCAGCAGGUUGGUGGAUGGACCAUUGAAUAUGAUGGAUUGAUGUUUGUGACAAUUAGAGGGGCUGAGCAUGCAGUCCCUGUUUUUAAACCCAAGGAAGCACUGCAGCUUAUCGAGCAUUUCUUGGCCAAUCAGACCCUUCCAACUUCCCCAUUUUAGCACUUAAUUGUUUACUUUAUUUAUUUUGUAUGUGUUUAUUUGGUUUAAAUGUUGAAAUUCGGGUGGUUGAUAGCAAAUUGCUGAUAUGGCAAUGGUUGAUGUGUUGUAGUUAAUAAUUGUUACUAAUCGAGAUGCAGUUGAAGAAGCCGUGUUACUAAUCGAGAUAAUUGUAUUGUUAUGUUGUUAAUUGUUGUCUCUUGUCAAAUGAUGAAUAAAUGAUGCGUUAUAUA